CCCGUCUCUUUAUCUGUGCUCACCUGCUGUUCUGCCAACCACGGUUUUCUUCGGCAUGUUUUGCCGUGCGGCUGUAAUUACACCUCCUGGUUCUUGCGGUUUUGUACUUGCAGCCUGACAUUUUCCUCUCACACCUUAAAACUGUCACGUCCCGUCACGUCACAUCAGGUCGGCGGGGGCGGAUCACUGCUUUUCUUUCCCGCUCUGUCUGCUUCAAUCUCAUCCUUUGCUACCUCCACCCUUCACGGAGGUGUUUCUCUCUCUUCUUUAGUACCAUGUUAACAUUUUCCCAAACUUGAAGCUUGACUUUGCAUCCAUCCAUCCUCCAUGGAGGGCGGCGACACCGUGUCCGUCCUGCUGUACCGGACGUCCAAACCUCAGGGGAAGGUGAAGCGGAGGGUCCAGGACCUCCGCGUCCCCUCCUCCUCCUACCUGGACUACCUGGCCAACAGACCCCGGCUGGACCUGAGCCACAACGAGAGCGCCCGGCUGGCGGCGGACUGCCUGCUGGACCGCGGUCUGGAGGGGUACCGGCAGGUCCUGGAGGCCGAGGGAGAGGUGGACUUCCUGUCCAAGCUGGAGAAGACCUACAUCCUGGAGAACGGGAACCGGGGAACCACAGAUGAUCCUGAGGAUGAGGAGGAGGAUGAGGAGUUAGAGAUCCUGUCUGCCAGCUCCGUGUCUUCCACAACAGACAGCGAUUCCACUCUGGCAGAGAAGAAUCAGAGAAACAUGAAAGAUGUGAGUUCGGGCGAUCCAGUGAAGUCCGAAUCCUUCACCGAGGUUCAUUUUCCAUCCGACAGCACGGCCGCCUCCAUGAAGGACCUGGUGAGACACGUCAUCCGAAAGGCUACGCAGGCCGUGGCCAUCGUGAUGGACCGCUUCAGCGACGUGGAGCUGCUCUGCGACCUGCUGGAGGCCAGCAGGAAGAGGAACGUGUCCGUGCACCUGCUGCUGGACCGCCUCCACCUCGGCCUCUUCCUGGGCAUGUGGCGCCAGCUCAAGCUCAACAGCAAGGACUUCCCCAAAGUGUCGGUGCGCAGCGUCCUCGGAGAGACGUACUGCGCGAAGACGGGCAGGAAGCUGCCGGGCCAGGUGGCGGAGAGCUUCAUCAUCACGGACUGGACGGCGGUGCUGACCGGUUCGUUCAGUUUCUCCUGGCUGCACUGGCAGGUCCACCGGAGCCUCCUGGUCGUCCUGAGAGGCGGCUCGGUGGUCGCCCCGUUCCUUCAGGAGUUUCACAGACUGCACUCCAGCUCCCAGCCCGCCGCCGCCGGCUUCGUCAGCUUCAUCGCCGUGCCGGACGCCGCCCGCGCUCCGUCUGCUCGGAGGAACCGCCCCACCAGAGAGAGGGAGUCGUACCCCAGGACAGCCGUGUGCCAGUGGCUGGAGGACGCGGCGGCCUGGACGGUUUCUCACGGUCAGACCGAAGCCCGGAGCGUGUGUGUGAAGCCUCCGGUCUGGCUGGCAGCGAGGAACUCUCUGCAGAGUGUUCCCGUUCACUCCAGAGUCAGACUGGAUCAGACUCCCUCCAGCGUCCGCUCCCAGCUGGCCGGCCUCGCCAUCAACGCCUCGGACCUGAGGAACGGACGAGUCCCCGAGCGACAGGCGGCACAGUAUCAGUUCAGGAGGAGUGAGGGACUGUCCUUCCAGCAGAGGGUCCGGAACCUGCUGGCCAAGCCGCUCGGGACGCCUGGAGGCCUCGCCGCUCCGUCAGGACAGAAGGCAGAACUCUCCUCUUCUGCUUCACAGCACAAACCGUCAGCAUCCAGCUUCUGUCAUCCCAGAAGGCCCGAGCUCCAGACCAAACCGCACUUCCAGCCGCAGCGGGGCUCCAGGCCGGCGCCGGCGGGCCCGCCUCUCGGCCCUCAGCUCCACGCCGACCCCAAACGGCCCCACCCGGGUCCCAGAGCCAAGCCGCCUUUCCAGCGCGCCCCCCUGGAGCAGACGUACGGCUGGUCGCCGCAGGGGAAGCACGCGGCGGCGGCGGCGGCGCAGCGGCAGAACUCCUUCAGCUGCAGCCGCGGGGCGGCGGCGGCGGCGCCGGGCUGGAGGCCGCUGCCCCGCAGCAGGAGCAUGCCCGAGAGACGCACGGCGGCGUUCAGGAGGGUCCAGGCUGGAACACACAGGGCGACAGCGUUACAGGGAUACUCUGACGACUGGACGCACUGACUCACACACACACACACACACACACGGCAAGAAAAACAUUGGUGACAAAAGUGUUUUAAGUCCUGAUUUAAAAGAAGAGAGUGUCAGUAGGACGUCGAUCCGCUGGUGAGGAGCAGAGGGACUAAAAGCUGCUUCACCUCAUUUGUUUUGACUCUAAACACUCAGUAAACGUCUUCCUGAGGACCUCAGGUCUGGAUGGUUCAGAUUCCAGCAGUAAAUCUGACACGUCUUCAGCCCGGAGGCCAUUCUAAGCUUUACAGACCGAUGAAGCUCAGGUGUAACGUUCUCCACCCGCUGUGUGGCUGCAGCGCUACAACGAUCCAGCCUGCUGACAACAAAUAAACAAGCUGAAACUUGUUCAGUCAGAAAUCCUUUAAUUCUUCACUAUUCCUCAGAUGCAGAUGGUCAUGAGCUGAUUUUGUCUUAAUGAGCUUGUUGGAUUUCAGGUCUGAAUCUGAAUCUGAAUCAAUAUUUACCCGAUUUCUGGACGGAUCUGACGCUCUUAGUGACGUGGGGCCUGGAUGAGCACCGAUUUAAUAAAAAUCUGUGUGUAAAAUGUCGGUGAACAUUGAGUCUUGAGCUGCACAGUGGAUCACUGGUCUGUAACGUCUCAUUAAGAAAACAUAUUUGCACAACACCAUCAGGUAUACGUUGCAUUUUACCGUUUCAGUUGGAGAGUUGGUCCAAAAUCAGCUAAAUAUGGAUAAAAUCAACAUAGAAAAAUGACAGAUGGAUCAUUUGCAGUUUUUUUAAUCACAUUAAAAAUCCAUAAUUUUCAACAUCCUGAUAAAAGAGCCUCUCGUCAAUGAGUUCAAUUGGUUUCAAUCAAAAUAAUAAAUAUAAUUUGAUCUUUUAAGUGAUAAUUCAGUGUAAAUGAGGUGUGUUGACCGUGGGUCGCUUUCAGCUCUCCAUCACCACCGUCUGAAUGAAGCAGAGACGAUACAAAGUGGAGUAUGGUGGAGCUGAAGUCACACUUUCCACUGUGUAAUCAUCUCAAAGUAACUUUAAACCUGCUUCUCUUCAUGAAAUACAGCCAAACAUUUCAACAUUUCACAUUUCAUUUAUUCUUUUCAAAACCAACAUGAGCAACAUUAAAAUAUUAAAUAAAAAGCAAAAGGCACAACAGAGUUCAGGCAGAACAUGUCUGACAGCGUUCUAACCGUAACAAGUUCAUUCUAAUCACUGAAUAUAUGGGGAAAUACCAGAGCAAGAGGAAACUGUGAUGAACCUGCACUUUAAACGUAUCACACAGACACAGUUUAGUCCUGUUGCACUGACAGUCGCCUACAGAAAAAGUCUGAAACUGUUA